AUGGAUCCGUUCAACAACCCGGAUACUCCCAACACUCCUUCGAACAACCCGAAUACUCCCACCAAUCCGACCCAACCAAAUGUUUUUUCGGUUCCGGGAUAUUAUCCAACGCUAGAACCGAACCAAUUCUCCCAAUUUUCAUCGAACGCCUCUUCAACAAAUGAUGAUGCGGGGUGCUUGGAACUUUCCACCCGUUCAACCUCAACCGAUCCCCACACCCCCCGUUCAACCCCAACCGAUCCCCACACCCCCGUUCAAUCCAAAGAUGAUGUGGAGAUUGUGCCCGAAACCCAACCGCCUAAAGGGAAAGGAAAACGAAACAAAGGGAAACAAGUAGCGGGUGAUCAAGCGUCGAAACCGAAGGCGAUUAAAUGGACCCCAAUCGAAGAAGAAGCCUUAGCCAAGGCUUUCAUUGGCACUUCCGACAACCCGGUAAAAGGUAAUAACCAACCGGGUGACGGGUUUUGGUCCAAGGUAUUGACCAAGUUUCUCGCCAUGAUGGACCAAGGCCCGUAUAGAGAUAUCGACUCGGUUUCCUCGAAGUGGCGAAAAUUGAACUCGGCCAUUAAUCGGUUUUGCGAGGAGUAUAACAAAUUAUAUACAAGUGACCGUCGUAGCGGGUGGAACGACGAGGAUGUGUUCAAAAUGGCAUUGCAAAAGUAUAAGCAAAAUCAUGGUUCCAACUUUCCUCACGUUCGCGCGUGGAUGGUUGUAAAAGACGACCCAAAAUGGGCGCCCAUUCCUAACGAGGUGGCGAUGGCGAAACGCCAAAAAACAUCGGAAACGGGUAGUUUAAGCGCCGGUGGGUCGGACGCGAGGUGUCACAUUAACUUAAAUGAUGACGCCGACUAUGACGAAGACGAGUAUAACGUACGUGAACCCGACCGUCCACCGGGCCGAGACAAAACAAAAAAGGAGCGGGCCAAGGGAAAAGGAAAGGAAACGGUGGACCCGAACAUGGUUGAGUUUAUGGAACACCUAAAAGUGUACAACGACAUCUCGGCCCAAAAGUCGAAGGCGAAGGAGCGGGCCGUCCAAGAAAAAAGUCGUGCAUCGGACGAGAAGUUAAAAGAAAAGGUCCGAUUGUCGAAUGAGAAACUCCGAAUCUCCGAUGAAAAAAUUCGGCUUAAGGAAUGGGAAAUAAUGAUGAUUAAUGUCGAGAACGAACCCGAGCCGAGACGUUCGAUGUUGAAAAAACUACAAGACGACAUCAUGAAAAAGCAUCAAAUUAUUUAA